AAAAUAGAGGAGGAAAUAUAGAAAGUAACCUCCUCAUUUAACCUAUCAAUAUCACAGAUCAAUAUCAUUUUCAUCAUUUUUGAUUUGGGAUUUAACAAAUAUUUAUAUCAAACUAGAGAACAAAUCAAACUAUGGAUUUAUGGAAUACAAAACAAUUAUCACCACCGCCAACAAAUUCUUAUAAAGUAAUCGAAAAUAACAUUGAUUUAAUAAAGCUGCGAAAUGCUCUUGAACACGGAAUUAAUCAUUUUAAAGACCAAGGCAUAAUCAUACGUGAGGCCGCUGUUCUAUCCAGAAUUAUUUAUAGGCUGAAGACAAAGUUACGAACUUGGAAGUAUUUUAAGUCAUUGGAGAAAGUAAAACACGCUCUAAAUAUCUAUUUUAACACAAAUUUAACUUCAUAUUUAUAUAAUGUAGUAGAAUUAAUUCCUGCAAAAUAUGAAAAAGAUACAUAUUUACCGACAAAGAAUAUGCUGCAUUUUAUUCUGGUGAGAAUACAAGGUUUGGCCAAAUUAAUGGAAAGAAUUUAUGAUACGUGUAAGAUAGCUGCCUAUCAGAUAAAUAAAAUAAUGUAUCUAGGUCAUUUCUGGAAGAUAAAGUUUAUACUAUUUGCAGUCAUAUCUCGAAUAUUUGUCAUAAUUAAAUUUAAUACUAAAUAUUUGUGUGAAAUAUACGGAAAAUUAUAUCCACUUGCUCAAAAGUUACAUAAUAACGGAAAGAAAUGGUUACCAGAAAACUAUAUUUUACCUUCAGACUUAAGGGAAUGGUUAGGUGUAUCUUGGGUCUAUGAAGAGGACUAUGUUGAUCUUACUGUUAAACCAGAUAUGAACGAUGUAUUUGAUCUUCUAAACUCAUUAGAUGAUGGAGAUGAUGAUGUUGAAUUCUGCGAUGAAUAUGUUUUGAUUAAUGAAGACAACGAUGAAGAUAUUGAAAUUGUCGAACAUUCCAUUGUAAAACAAGCUAUGAAAAAGAUUGGUUCAAGUAACAGAAUGAGAGGAUUCAGUAUAAAUGAGGAUGACAUAGGUGAAGAAAUUAUGGAAGUGAUAAAUCUAGAAAAUGAUGCUAAAGGCGGAAAAAAUAAAGCGAAGAAAAAUAAAAAUAAAAAUAAAAUAAUAAUUGACAUUGAUAAAAACAUGAACGCAAACAAACAGAAAUUCGAUUUAACAAAACAACCUCACAAAUUCUUUAAUGAUGAUAAAGCAAAUGCAUUGGGCAAUAUAAGAAGUAAUGAAGUAAUAGAUUUAGUCAAUACACCUAAAAAAGAAAAUAAAUUUUCUUUACAAGAAAGAGUGUCAUUUGCUAAUAUUAAAAUACCAAAUAACAUAACAACUAAGCAGGAAAAAAUUCCUGGUGUUAAACCACCUAUUAACAACGCUAAAGACAGUCAAUGGUUGAGCGGCCCAAGUAAUGUAAAAGAGGAGAAAGUGAAGGACAAAUGUUCUGUCUCAAAUGAUAGUGUAAUUCUUAUUGAGGACGAUAAAAAAUUAUCAAAAAGGCAGUUAAAAAAGAAGAAAUAUAUGGAGAAACUAAAAGCUAAUAAAAAGUUUAAAUAUGACGAUGGCUUUGGUGAUAUGUCAAAUGGCAAAAAAGGAAAAAAGAAAAAGAAGUUUGCUAGAAGUAGUAUGUUUAGAGAGUAAGUGAUUUUAUGUUAUUUUUGUAAUGUUUAAUAGAAAACCCAGGGUCCGUUCGACUUUACGGACGGUAGAACUUUAAGAAAACAAAAAUUUUCCACAAAAGUACGGGUUUUAAUAGCUAAUUUUAGCCAAAAAAUUUGCGGAUUAUCCAGUAAAUUUAAAAAUAUUGAAACAAAAUUAUGGUAC